AUGGUCGUAGUGGAAUUUACAAUAUGGUUUCAAAGCUGUAGAGCAGAGGACACAAAAGAGAAAAUAGCAAACCUCCAAUUCUACUUCCACGACACACUCAGUGGCAAGACCCCAAGUGCCGUGAAAGUUGCUCAAGCACCUGAAACUGACAAGUCCCCCACACUCUUCGGAGCGUUGCUUAUGGCCGAUGACCCACUGACCGAGACGUCCGACCCGAAUUCUAAGCUUGUGGGCCGGGCACAAGGACUGUAUGGAUCAGCUGGGCAACAUGAACUUGCAUUAAUAAUGGCAAUGAGCUUUGAAUUCAUAGAGGGUGAAUACAGUGGGAGCUCAAUCAGCAUUUUUGGUAGAAACCCGGCGCUUAAUCCAGUCCGCGAGAUGCCGGUCGUCGGGGGUACUGGGGUUUUCCGGUUGGCGCGUGGAUAUGCAAUCGCUAAGACUCAUUGGUAUGAUCCUCUCACGGGUGAUGCUAUAGUAGGAUAUAAUGUCACUGUGCUUCACUACUAG